UCGCCCACCCUCUCUCUCUCGCGCGCGCGCAUUACAACAAGCACCUUGCGUGCAUCAGCAACAGCCGGGGAGGGAGCCGCGACCACCGCCGACUACGGGACCACGGCGGAAUGGUCGCCGUGGUAGCCGGAGCCAUCGUCGAGUUAGGAGGGGGUGCUGCCGCUCCCGGAGAUCCACCUCCCGCGGGGUCCUCGCCGUCAACCAGUACCCCCGCGCGCGCAUGCACGCGCUGAUCGCCGCCUCCAGCUUCCGCGACAUCGGCGACGCGCCGCCCUCCUUUCCGGGGAAGCGCCCCUUCAAGCUCGCCCUCGAUGGCGACACGAGGUGUACAGGAACUUCCUGCACGCGUUCGAGCGGAUGCUGGAGUCCCGGGGUAUCGUCCCGGCCGCGGCAAGGAGAGCCCGGGCCGGCCCCUGCUUCCACAUGCUCCGGACGCCACCGAGGUCCCCAACCUCCUUCCUCCUUCGUGCUCCUGCACCGUUCCGCGACUACCUCCGCUCGGUGCGGCCCUCGUCCUCAACAUGUUCUGCGACUGCGUGCACGCCGUCGACGAGCUCGGCGUGCCUGCCUACGGCAGUGAUCCGCCGAGUUCGGAGCUCGCGGGGAGGACGGGGACGGGAACUUGGACUGCUGCGCUCUGGACAAUACGUUGCUGCUACUGCGCUGUCAUGCCCGCGAGGUGCUUGUUGUAAUGCCCAUGAGAGAAAGAGGAUGAGACGGCGGAAGAAACAGUCAAAACUGCCGCGCUGUUGUGUGCCGCCGCAGAAGUGCCACGGAUUUGUAGAAACGGAGACGAUGCAGGAGGAGUUCAGCGAGCACGACACAGGAGCACACAACUAUGGAUUUGAACUUGAUCCCGGAAGAGGAGGAUGAAGCUCAACAAGAGGAACAAGCUCAGCAAGGUGAAGCUUUUGAUUUGAACUUGAUCCCGGAAGAGGAAGAUGAAGCUCAAGAAGAAGAACAAGCUCAGCCAGGUGAAGCUAUUGAUUUGAACUUGAUCCCAAAAGAGGAGGAUGAAGACAUUGAGUUGAAUUGGUUUCCUGAAGAGGAAGAAGCUCAAGAGGCACAAGAAGAUGCUCAAGAGGAACAAGAAGAUGCUCAAGAGGCACAAGAAGAAGCUCAAGAGGCACAAGAAGAAAUGGAAGAAGCUCAAGAAGCUGAUGCCCAUAAGCUGUUCAAAAGCUUUAUGACGUUACAAGCAGUGAUGGUCGAAGUGAUGAAAGAUCAAGGAGGAAACAACUACAAGAUGCCGCAUCUGCAUAAGGAAGCGUCUACAGAAUGCUGGAGAGGAAAUAACCGGUGUAUAUUGUAAUCCUGAGCUAAUUACUGACACCAAGGCCAUUAUCGAACAAGGAAAUGAGUAAAUAGAGAAAGGAAAAAAAGAAAGAGAAAGGGAAAAGAAAAAGAAAGGAUAGGAGUAUGUGAUGUGUAUGUCAUGUGUCAUGUGUAUGCCUUGUGUAUAUGUGUAUAUCUUGUUGGAUUUAUUUGAAAAGAAAGGAAAAGGAAAAGUUGGAAUUAUUUGAAUUAAGUUGGAUUUAGUUGAAUUAAGUUGGAAUUAUUUGAAUUAAGUUGGAUUUAAUUGAAUUAAGUUGGAAUUAUUUGAA